AUGGACGCAUCUGCCCUCCCACCCUCCACGGAAGGAUCGCACACAGCAAGUAUCGAGAACCCUCAGCCACCUGAGCCCCCACGAGCAUUUUACUGGGACUUCCACCAUAUCCGCCUCGAUUUCCCGCCAGAUGGCGUAAGUCAAGUCAUCGUCUUUGAAUACUGGAGCUGGAACGACGAUUCAAACACCGCCUCAAAACCUUCACAGGUCGUCCGCCGAAAGGACGAGUACAAACAGGACCAGAUCGUCCAGCGCCUGCACGAACCCAUUCCUCUGCACGAGGGCCGUCUCCCGACGUCAGGGUUCCAGCUUGCGGUUGUGCCGUGUUCGCAGCAGGCGAUACCACAACUAGGGAGUGCGACGCUAGGCGCGAUCAACGAGGCGCUGGGCUUGCCGAAUCACCACCAUCAUUAUAGCUCUGUGCGGUCUGGUGCGAUCGGGCUGUUUCAGAUGCCUGACGAGGGCUGGCUAUUCGCCCGGCCCCGUGCUCCUGACUUCUCCUCCAUCACAACGAUGCUCCGCUAUACACCAGCAACGAACAUUACCCGCGGGGUCUUCUACUUCGAUCCUCUCUUCCCGCAGCUCUACAACAUUAUCGGCGAGUUCGAGAUGUGCCCGCAUCCGCUCCUCCUCCCGCUUUUAGCGUGCGAACUCACACUGGACGUGAACGUCAACCAUCUGGAGCGGUAUCAGACGUCGCUGGAACAGAUGGAGGGGGCGACAGGGUAUGGCGUGCUCAACGAGAAGCAAGAUAACUUCCUUGACCACAGGAUGCUCGUGAAGCAGCUGAGUAAAGCGAGGAGCGGGGUCCACCUCGCCCUUGCAACGCUGCACUCGACGCGGUGGUGUGUCGAGUUUAUUCUGAAGAAGAUCGAUUGGGUGGAUGGGCGGCUGACGCCGGAAACACGGAACAGGCUCAAGAAUCUGCAUACUGGUGGACAUAUGCAGGGAGAUGCGUCAAGGGCGCUCCGUGAGCGCGCGGAGUUCGUGUCGAGCACGAUCGAGCAUGCGGUGUUGCGCGGAGGGGUCAAGGAGAGACUCGAAGGACAGCAUUCCACGCUCUUUAACCUGAUCACACAGAACGACAGCCUGCUCAGCACAAGUAUCGCGCAGGAUUCGCGCGAAAUCGCCGCGGCGAGUAAGCGCGACAGCUCGAGUAUGAAAAUCAUUGCGUUCUUGACGACCUUCUUUCUCCCUGCCACAUUUGUUGCCCUGACCAGCCGCUAG